AUGAGCACCUUUCUUUCUUACAACCCGAAUUCGAACCCCUCCCGUUACUCCAAAAAGGCACGUUUUAGCAAACGGGAGUUGGUUUUGCUUGUUAAAAAACAGUCUGCAUUGAACCCAGACCACGAUGGCAAAGUAAAUCACGGGUCCACUUCUUCCAUUUGCCCUGAGCAGUCUAGUGUUCGCAAUAUCCAUAACGUGCAGUCUGUAGGACCUGCCCCUUCUACAGCUGCUCUUAGAAGUACCAAAGCGCCCAAUCAAGAGGAUGAAACUUUCAGCAAACAUGAUAUCAGUGAUGUUGAAUCGCUUCGCAGCCUUUUUUUGGGAUCUAACCUAGGUGCUGGUGCCGGAUCUUUGGAAGUUAAUGAAUUGACUUCACCUUUAUCCCCCCGAAAUACGCAGUCUCCCUUUGUUAAUGAUGGACUAGCACCUAGAAAUGAGGAUAUAUGCAUAACCCAACCCAAUUCUUGUUUUGAUGGACAGGAGUCCAUUCGCGACUCCCAGCUUUCAGAGGGUGUUGCAUCAGGGCCAGACUUAGCCACAUACUGUUUGAAUCUGUCCCCUUCACCGGAACUGCGUUCCCGUGAUGCUGUGAUCGCGGACGACCACAUUACUGGCCAUGACCCAACGAAUUUCGGCGAAUCAGCCUCCAUUUGGGAGAGUGAUGAUCAGUACUCAAGUUUGAACGACGAUGAGACGCGAAUAGAUGCCGAUGAAAGAACUAGCAUUGGUCAAUUCAUUGAUAGGUCUGCUUCAGAUUUUGGCCCACGCACUGGAAUCAGCAGUCCGGCAUUGACGGAAAGCUCAGGCUUUGGCUCCCCUCACUAUUCAAAUGGCCGUGAUAGUCCUGUUGAGAAUGCCCAUGGUUCCAUACGUGAUUCCGAAACUUGUCCUAUCGCCCCCGCAGAGGAGAUUUGUCUUUCGGACCUUGACAAUACAAUUACAACGCCCCGGCAGCCACUUGUGGAUAAGGAGAGGGAAGGCCGCGUCCCCAUUAUUGCAGGGGUCAUACCUGAAUCAACUCGAGUGUCGCCCAUUGCUCUUACCAGGGCAUGCCCGGAAACAGGUGCACAAGGCCAUGCCAGUGCGGAGCAACUUCUUGGGGAAGCGCGUUUCACAUCUAAUGAGCCAACACCCGCGCGGUCCCCUCCACGAACCUCCCCCUAUCCAAGUUGCCAGAAGACGUUUGCCAAAUUCUCGCAUGUGGAGAUCCCAAGCCGCCCUGUAGCAGCAGUGAGCCGGCCUUCGAUUGCAAGUACAUCUCCCGAUCGACGUGAUUGGAGUUACCACCCUUCAUUAACCAACGGUCCGUGGCGUCUGGAUGGAACAACUCUGUCAAUUGACCUUCGGGACGCAGAGCAAGUUCCAAUCUUUGUUGGAUAUUCUAGUUUUCGUGUUGAUAAUGGGAACCUUACGCAGUCCCUUAUAUUCUUCCAGGGGCCUACUAAUGGACCACUAGUCAAUAAUUCCGCACGGAAGCCGAGCCCUCCCGCGCCUGCUUGUGGGCCCCUCUCACUUAAACAAAAGCAGCAGCUUGUGAGACUAAAGCAGGAUAAAUAUACUUAG